AUGUUUAACCCGCAGCACGAACCGUCUCAGAUUUUGGACUUGGACGUAAACGGUCUGUAUGCGGCGACAAUGAGAGAAGCCCUCCCAGUGUCGGACUUUGAGUGGGUGACGAAAGACGAGAUUGCCUGCCUGAACAUUGGUGGCGCUCCAGAUGACGCUCCGACGGGCUACAUUCUGGAGGUAGACCUCAGAUAUCAUCAUCACUUGCACGAGACUCAUUCUGACUUUCCCUUGGCCCCCGUGAAGCAAAACGUUCCCUACGAUUGGUUAUCCGACCAUCAAAAAAGCCUGAUUGACAAGUUUGAAAUGCCCAAAGAGGAAUCCACUACGAAGCUGUUGCUCAUACUUCACGACAAAACGAAAUACGUUUUGCACUACCGGAUUUUGAAACUGUACACCCAGUUAGGACUAGAGGUUACCCAAAUUCACCGAGUCCUAAAAUUCUCGCAGCGAGCGUUCUUGAAGGAGUUUAUUGAUUUUAACCACCAGCUGAGACAGCAAGCAACCAACUCUUUCCAGAAGAAUCUUUCCAAACUGUACAGCAUAUAUGGCAAAACGAUCGAUAAUGCCAGUAAACAUGGACACAUUAAACUCUGCGUUAAAGAGGGUGACAUACUGAAAAUGCUUCAGAAGCCGAAUUUUACGCAGUUUCGAGCACUUUGGUCGCAGGUCGUAAUUUUCCAGUUUUCUCCGAGAGUGAUCAAACUCAAACAACCGCUCUACGCAGGGUUCUCAAUUCUUGAGAUAUCAAAAAUAGUAAUGUACGACUUCUUUCAUAAUCAACUUCGUCGUGCGAUCCCCUCAGCUAGGGUUCUUUACUGCGACACGGAUUCCUUCUUCCUACACCUUCAGGGAUCAGACGUAGACGACAAACUGCUCCAACUCCGAGACGCAUGCUUGCAUACAUCUGGAUAUCCAGAGUGUCACAAGCUCUUUUCAACCGAAAACAAAAUGAGGCUCGGUGUGUUAAAAAAAUGA